AUGGAUGUCCCAUUUCAGCAAAUGGCCUCUACUCUUCAACAGUUCAUGCAAAGUCAAACCAUCAUAAACAACCAAACUUCUCAAACCAUCAAUGACAUAAGGAAUAAUUUGACCAAACUGAACACAACCCUAAAUGCACAAGAGAAAGGCAAGUUCCCAGCUCAAACCCAACCAAAUCCUCAAGUCCAAAUUGCUGCCAUAGAACUUUCGUCCUCUGCUGAAGCAAACUUAAAGACUUGCAAGGCUAUAAUAACUCUUUGUAGUGGUAAGAAGGUUGGUACAUCGAGUAAUGAAGUUGACAAGAAUGGUGAGAGCUCCACUUCAAAUGCACAAGAGCAAGAGAGUCAAAUGGAAUAUGUUUCACCUGAAAUCUUAGAAAAUAUUGAGUUGUUGGAUAUUAAUGCAGUAAAUUCUAGUGCAGUUGAGCAAGAGAGGCAACUCCUACGGGUUCUCAAGCAACAUAAAGCAGCACUUGGAUGGUCAGUUGCCGACAUCAAAGGAAUCAGCUCCACCAUUUGCACACAUCAAAUUUUUCUGGAGGAAAAUUCAGCACCAAAUCGAGAGAUGCAAAGGAGGUUGAAUCCUACAAUGAAGGAGGUGGUUAAAAAUGAAGUCUUGAACCUCUUGGAUGUAGGAAUCAUCUAUCCCAUCUCGGAUAGCCAAUGGGACACACCCCACCACAUUGAAACCCUCAAGACAUCAAAAAGUUUAAAUUGGAGGACAGCUUUUAAAACUGUCAUAAGCAUGUCUCCCUAUCGUUUGGUUUACGGUAAAACAUGUCAUCUUCCUAUUAAGCUAGAACACAAGGCUUAUUGGGCUAUCAAACAUUUUAACUUUUCUACUAACAAUUCUAGUGUUUUAAGGAAAUUUGAGCUGUAUGAAUUAGAAGAGUUGAGACAUGAUGCCUACAAUAAUGCCAAACUCUACAAGGAGAAAACUAAGGCUUUCCAUGAUAAGUAUAUUCUGAGAAAGAGUUUUCUCCCCAAUCAAAAGGUUCUCCUCUACAACUCUAGACUCCAUAUGUUUGCCGGUAAAUUUCAAUCCAAAUGGAGUGAUCCUUAUAUUAUUCAGGCAAUGUUUUUCCAUGGGACUAUUGAAAUCCUCAAUCUACACAAUGGCAAUAUCUUUAAGGUUAAUAGACAGUGGCUCAAAGCUUUCCUUGACCAUUUUUCACCUAAGGAUGCCACUAUUCAUUUACUAAACCCUGACCCUCCAGCCGAGCCUUGA